CCGCGCGGGGGUUCGAGAACCCGGCUGGAGCACAGUCUGGGAGCCGGUGGAGCUGGGUGGGAUGGAACAGAGGAGGAAGUAGGAAGAAGCGAGAGAGAAUAUCCCUUGCCUCAGGCUUUGUUCAAGAAUUCAGCUAAGGAAACACCGUGAUCUGAUACACGAUCCUAAAGGAUCCCAAGGAAAGGGAAGAUUACUGUGCCUCAGCUCGGAGAGUAGAUUGCAGGUGUGCAGAGACUGUCAGGAAGCAACUGCAGUCCUCCACAUUGGCUCCUAUUAAAGGUUUUGCCAGUGAUUUUGGAGGGAAGCGACAGACUUGAGAGUUGAGCCAAUAGUGCUUUUUGUCCUGAUGUGAGCGUGAGCAAGCAGGAGAACACAGCCAAGAUUUGACCACGUUCAUCUCCGGGGACCACCUGAUCCUCCUUUGGAGUUCCUGCUCGCAGCUCCUGUCUUAAUGAUGGAUGUGGAGGAGGAGGAUUUGUCUCUGCUGACGGCCCUGCUGGAGGAGAACGAGUCAGCCUCGGCCUGUCCUUCGGAAGCGGGGAGCUGCUCGCCCCCGGAGGAUGGCGGACCUGACGUCUAUGACGAGCUCUUUGAUGCUGAUGGCGAUGGUGAAUCAUACACAGAAGAGGCCGAGGACGGAGACGUAGGAAGCGCGGAGGAGCAGAAGGAAAACUUGGCCGCUCUCUUUGGAGAUGUGGAGGACUUGAUUAACGAAGAGGUCCCUGUAUCGCGGCCCGCUGAAAACAGUGUCCUCCCUGCACCAGCCCCUAAUCGAGAGAAAACCAAUCAGGAGCUGCAAGAUGAAUUACUGAAGUUACAAGAGCAAAUGAAGUCCUUACAAGAACAGCUAAAAGCGGCAUCGAUUAAACAGCCUGGAAGUCCAGUCUCUCUGCAUAAAUGCCCUGAAAGUAGGACCACACGACCUGUGCUUAAGGAGAAGAGAGUUCAGAGAAUUCAGGAGUCGGCAUGCUUUUCUGCGGAGCUUGAUGUCCCUGCUCUGCCCAAAACCAAGCGGGUGGCUCGGAGGCCAAAGCCUUCUCCUCCAGAACCCAAAAGCUCAUCUUUAAGGAUGACAACUGUGCCUUCCCAACCACAGCAGCCCGUUCCUGGGGAAAGACACAGCGGGGUGACUAGAGAUCGGGGCUCGGGGACCACAGGGAGCUUGGGGGAGCCCGCUCAGCUGGUCUCUACGGAAGCCUUCUCUGGCCUGCGGCUCAGGCGCCCUCGAGUGUCCUCCACAGAAAUGAGCAAGAAAAUGGUUGGCCGAAAACUGAUCAGACUGUCUCAGAUCAAGGAAAAGAUGGCAGUCCAGAAGCUGGAAGAAAUGGACUGGGUGACGUUUGGGGUUAUUUUGAAGAAAGUCACCCCCCAGAGCACUAAUAGUGGGAAAACAUUUAGCAUCUGGCGAUUGAAUGAUCUUCGGGACCUGACAAGUUGUGUGUCGCUGUUCUUGUUUGGAGAGGUUCACAGAGAGCUCUGGAAGACAGAGCAAGGUACUGUCGUAGGCUUGCUCAAUGCCAACCCCAUGAAGCCCAAGGAUGGUUCACAGGAGGUGUGCUUGUCUGUUGAUCACCCUCAGAAGGUCUUAAUCAUGGGUGAAGCUCUUGACCUGGGAACCUGUAAAGCCAGGAAGAAGAAUGGGGAGCCCUGUACACAGACUGUCAAUCUGCACGACUGCGAGUACUGCCAGUACCACAUCCAGGCUCAGUACAGGAAGCUCAGCGCCAGGCGGGCCGAUCUGCAGUCCACCUUCUCAGGAGGACGAAUUCCGAAGAAAUUUGCCCGCAAAGGCCCCAGCCUGAAGGAGCGGCUGUGUCAAGACAGUUUUUACUACGGAGGAAUUUCCUCCGAGUCCUACGCAGCUUCCAUUGCAGCUGCCGUUGCUCCGAAAAAGAAGAUUCAGACCACUCUGACGAAUCUGGUUGUGAAGGGCACCAACUCCAUCAUUCGGGAAGCACAGCAAAAACUUGGAAUGCCACAGAAGAGCUUGGCUUGCUCGGAGGAGUUCAAGGUGUUGAUGGACCUGCCGACAUUUGGAGCCAGAAACUUGAAACAUCUAGCCAAAGGCAAGACUUCAGGGGUCCUGGGGAGCCCGCAACCUGCCUUCCAGUCUAUCUCAGCAUCGGCCCUCCUGAAGCAGCAGAAGCAGCAGAUGUUGGAGAUGAGAAAGAGGAAAUCUGAAGAAAUGCAGAGGCGAGCCUUUGGGAAACAGCAUCCAUUCUCAAGUGGCAGAAGAAUUGUAGCUCAUUCCGUUGGAAUUCGGUUGCCACACAAAUUUCUCCAAAGCUCAAGUGAAGUCGGAAGCCCAGAAGUGCCAAGCUCAUCCCGGCAGCUGCCCACCCGGUCUCCGCGAAUGGGAGCCGAGUUCCCUGCACUGGGCGGAGCCGCUGCCCCGUGGAUGCCCCAGCUGGGACGCGGCGUUGCGGAAGGGGACGACGUUCUGUUCUUUGAUGAGUUCCCACCACCCAGACCCAAGCUGAGUGCGCUAGCGGAAGCUAAAAAGGCCUGUGGUGUCUGCCUGCUGAGCUGUUCGCUAAGCCCCAGGUUAGCUGCUAUUUCCAAGUUAAGGGCAAAAGGCCAAAUUCUCACAAAAACAAACCCAAACAGCAUUACAAGGAAGCAGAAGAACCCCCAGGAUGUACAGGAAGUAAAAGAACGUGCAGAGAAGAACAACACGUUUUCUCCUGAAGCUGAGGACGAGUUAGAGCCUGCACAGAAAAAGAGGAGAGAGCAGCUCGCCUACCUGGAGUCUGAGGAAUUUCAGAACAUUCUAAAGGCAAAGUCAAAGCACACGGGCAUCCUGAAGGAGGCCGAGGCUGAGCUCCAAGAACGCUACUUUGAGCCACUGGUGAAAAAAGAACAAAUGGAAGAAAAGAUGAGAAGCAUCAAAGAAGUGAAAUGUCGCGUGGUGACCUGUAGGACGUGCGCCUACACCCACUUCAAGCCUCUGGAGACCUGCGUCAGCGCGCGGCACGACUACCGCUGGCACGACGGCCUGAAGAGGUUUUUCAAGUGUCCCUGCGGAAACAGAAGCGUCUCUCUUGACCGGCUCCCGAAGAAGCACUGCAGUAAUUGUGGCCUCUACAAAUGGGAGCGAGAUGCAAUGCUGAAGGAAAAGACUGGUCCAAAGAUAGGAGGAGAAACCCUGUUACCAAGAGGAGAAGAACUUGGCAAAUUUCUAAACAGCCUUAAAUGACCCCAUCUGCAGACAUCGCCCCACAGCCUACCUUGAUUCUUGAGAUGGGAAAAGCACAGGAUUGGUUCUGAGUGUCUGUGUAUCUGACUGCCACCCCCUGAAACAAGAGCUUGUUAGGCCCAUAGCUGCACCUCUUUACUUCCUCUGCUGUUUGACACCGACUUUAACCUUGGUGCACAGGUGGAAAAUCAAGAUGCCAUGGUCUUGCCUUUUCCUACUGUGGACGACCGUGUUCCUGUGGCCGGAAUUCCAGACGGUGAAAGACAGGCUGGAUCUCUUGGGUAUAGAGUUGAUCACAACGAAAUUCCUACGUUUCUGUGGAUACCCAGAGACAGAGCAUCGAUUUAGCUUAAUUUCGCCCUAGUUAACUUGCUCAUCUUCUGGGUUUCAUUCUGUUGGGUAGAAACUGAUGAAUAUCAGGCCAAAUGAUCUUGAAAUGUAUCUUUCAGCCCUGAAAUUCUACUAAUAUAACUUACUGCCAUAUACAAAUAUAACUUUUCCACUGUGAUCAUUGCCCUUGCUAUUAUGUUGAGAUACUGAGUUCUUUCUUUCUGUUUUCAGUUUUGCUCUUUGAAAUUGAUCAACUGACUAACCAACAUUGCCUGUAUUUAUUUAUAUAGAGAGAGGAGUCUCUGUUAUUAGAACAUUGUAGAACUCUGUAAUGCACAAACCUAAAAUAUCCUUUGUACAUAUGAAUUUAUUUCAGCAUGACAUAAAGAAACUUUGAUACCUGUAACCAAAACCAAUACAAAAUGUACCACGCUGUGAAACAUGACCUUAAACACAAACUAGAAAGACAGCAUCUCGUGGAGUUUGGGGGUUGCAGAUAGUUUAUUUUACACAGCAAGAAUUUUAAAGGUCAAACACAAUGGAAAUAAACCAAUAAAAUUUGUAGGAGAUUCUUCCGCCUGGACAACCUGAUUUUCCAAA